GGUCUUGUUCUUUAUAAACCCUAAUUGUAUCGAUUCUGCUUCUUCGUUUUCUUUGUAGGGUUUUCCCCAGCCGUUUUCAUUUAACCACAAAAAGCUUGGGAAAAGCUUUACGAGGGUGCAAAAAAUGGCCCCAAAGAGAGGUGGAAAGGUAGCUGUGCCAGCCAAGAAGAAACAAGAGAAGGUUGUUAAUCCAUUGUUUGAGAAGCGUCCAAGACAGUUUGGUAUUGGAGGGGCUCUACCUCCAAAGAAGGAUCUGCAUCGUUUUGUGAAGUGGCCUAAGGUUGUUCGCAUUCAAAGGAAAAAGAGAAUCCUUAAGCAGAGGUUGAAGGUCCCACCAGCAUUGAACCAAUUUACCAAGACUCUUGAUAAGAACCUUGCAACAAGUCUUUUCAAGUUACUUCUCAAGUACAGGCCAGAGGACAGGGCAGCUAAGAAGGAACGUCUCCUGAAAAAGGCGCAGGCCGAGGCUGAAGGAAAAGCUACUGAGUCAAAGAAACCAAUUGUUGUGAAAUAUGGUCUUAACCAUGUUACCUACCUUAUUGAGCAGAACAAGGCACAAUUGGUUGUUAUCGCUCAUGAUGUGGAUCCCAUAGAGUUGGUAGUGUGGCUUCCUGCUUUAUGCAGAAAGAUGGAGGUGCCUUACUGCAUUGUCAAGGGGAAAUCACGUUUGGGAUCGAUCGUCCACAAGAAAACUGCUGCUGUCUUGUGCUUGACCACAGUUAAGAACGAGGAUAAGUUGGAGUUCAGCAAAAUCCUCGAGGCCAUCAAGGCGAACUUCAAUGACAAGUAUGAUGAGUACAGGAAGAAGUGGGGAGGUGGUAUCAUGGGCUCCAAGUCACAGGCCAGAACCAAGGCAAAGGAGAAGCUUCUUGCAAAGGAAGCUGCACAGAGGAUGACUUAGGAAUGCCAUUGUUUUCUCCCAGAGGCACCUAUAGUUGUGGGUUUUUUGUUUUAUUUUCUUGUUUGAUUAAGUGUUCCUGUGAAAUCAGCUGCAGUCAACUUUCAACUCGUGUUACUCUUUUCUUUUAUAGUUGAACUUUGAAAAUACCUAGUAGCUGCUGCUUGUGGUGAAGUUUUGUGUCUCUAAUGGAUUAUCAAUUAUGAGGUUUAUUUUAUUAUCAUUUACAUCA